UGGAUAUUGGACAUAACUUCGUUUGUGACAUAAGGCUGUCCUACACCCAAUGCGUACUAUGUAUUAGUUGUGAGGUAUUUUGAAAUGAAGGUCGUUGGUGUAUGGAUGAGUGAUUCUAAAGUAGACAGCAUUGGACUCAAUAGUCUUUUGCACGAGAAGAGAAGUGAUCUUAUAUUUAGAAAGAUCAAUCCGUGUAUUAGUAUAUCAGAACAAGGGCCGUUUGACGUAAUCCUUCACAAAAUACCAGAAUUUUUGAGCGGAGAUUCUAGUAAACGGGGUCAGAAAAUCAUAGAAAGUUUUAUCAACUAUGCGAAAAAUAAUCCUCAUGUUCUGUUCAUAGACUCACCAACGUCACUCAAGUGUUUGGUAACGCGGCUUAAUCAGUUUUCUUUGCUGCAAAACAUUAUACGGGUGUCGGAUAUAAGAAAUGAAAUAUUUGUGCCCAAAUUUUGCCUCUUACCACAAAAAGACCCCACUAAACUAUGUGAGGCUGGUAUUUCUUACCCUAUAGUUUGCAAGUCAUUAAUGGCUCAUGGAAAAGACAGUGUACAUAAGAUAGCUAUUGUUUUCAAUGACUCAGGCCUAGAUCAUUUAACCUAUCCCGUAUUUGUUCAGCAAUUUAUUAAACAUAAUGGAAAAGUUCUUAAAUUAUUUGUAGUUGGUGAUCAUAGUUGUAUUACUGAAGUUCCUUCCAUCAAAAAUCACGACAAAUCUGUAGAUAGAACUCCAAUAUUUUUUCAUUCACAUAGUGUAUCAAAGGAUGGUUGUCAGUCGCCUUUAUCUGAAUUGAGCUCAUUUUCCGACAAACAAACGACAACCCCAUAUGAUGAGUCCCUAUUCAAUAAGUUGGCACAUGAAGUUCGAAAAACGCUCAAAAUUGACUUGUUUGGGAUAGAUCUCAUUUGUGCAACCGAAAAUCCCAUAUCUGAUACUCUCUCGAAAUCAAACAAAUACGCCAUUAUCGAUUUAAAUAUUUUCCCAAUAGAGAUCUGACUGGUGUGGAUCAGAAAUGGUACUUAUAGUUUGUGUUACCCAGUGGAAACAACGAACAAAAAACUUGUGUAGGUCUUUUAUCCGAUGUGUUUUGCGCACGUCUGUAGAAAUGUUUCAGUCUUUAUAGUGAAAGUAAUCGGAUAAACCAAACGUCACCCUUUUAAAAAUAAUAAAUACAAUUAAACAGAAACUAUCAUCCUGUUAAUACGCUUUUUUUUAAACGGAUAAUUAGUUCAUUUUUAACCUGUUUGUAUUUUAUACCAUGUUUUAGGCUACAAGAAUGUGCAUGGGUUCUUAUUUUAUUUAGAGAAUCUAAUCAGGGAAAAACUCUCCUUGCCUUUACUUUCUAAUGAUAGUAACGAUGUCCAGAAAUAACACGAAGUAGUGAUUUUUAUUAUUAUCACGAAUACCUCAUAGCUGUUGCUAAAAUUUGAAGCGAAAUUCAUACUUAUUUUUAUAAGACUUUUGUGAAACUUCAUUUUGAUUUGUUCUUAAAAAAUGGUUUAUAUUGUUUUUCCUUUAUUACUAUGGUCAGAUUUUUUCUACUCUUAUGCAAUAUACUUAUCGCUUUUUACGCUUCCUUUAGCAUUAUUUGACUGUACUACGCAUUAUAUUUAUGUUAAUUGGUACGAAUAAUAUAAGUUGGAACGAGUCCUUCAAAGUUCUUAGUAUAUUGUUUUUUCACUAGACUAAAACUAGUGUAAUUAACUUUCACCGAAAUGUAAUCAAUCCUGAUAUGUAAACAUCGUGCUCAGAAAGAAACUAGUUACGUCUACAUUGAACUAAAUAAUGCUGCAACGAACAAAGGCAAGGUUUUAUUUGUUUGGUUUAAUUUACACAGUGAAACGAUUCAAAAUAAUUGUCUCCAGUGUAAUCUGAACAUCGAUGAACCAAUAUACAUUUUACCACGCACAAACUUUUACAUUCCAAUUAAACUUGACAAUUAUUAGUAACUCAGUGAUGGGAGAAGAAACGAAGAUUAAAUAUGUACUGUCUCAAAUUGUAGUCCUCAACAGUAUGAUUUUCUUCCUUUAAAAAAUAAUGUUACUUGAUUUAUUUGAUACGACAUGUAAGAGAGGUAACCUAAGUAAGAAUUCAAGGAUGUCCAAAAGCAAUAAUUUAAAAAGAUACUACCGUCUCUAGCUGAUAUGUAAAUCAUAUGGCGCAGUAACAGUAUAUAAUUGCAUACCUUGCUUUGACU